UGGCUCCCUCCCCUCUCUCUCCUUUUCCUCGCCUACUUCUCUUGAAGCUGUUCGAAUCAGCUAUUCCGAGGCAGACUAUGGCGGGUGACGACGCCCCCCACUCGAGGGACGACGGAGAAGGGGCUUUCUGCGAAGCAGAUGGAACCCAGAGGCUUCUCGUUAAGAAGCCAGCGGUCACUAGCCGGCGGCGUCUUGAGAUCCGCCGAGCCAGGGCCGGCGGCCUCGCCGUUAAGCGCACCAUGGACCCCGUCGAGGGCUCGAAUUCCUCUUCGCCGUCCGAUCGGGACACCGAGGACGGUAUCGUAGGGAUCCUCGCCGCCGGCGGGGAGAUCCGGGGGCGAGAAGGCCAAGGGGCCCGGCUUCCCUGCCUGUCCCACGGGGCCGUGUCGCUGAUCGGGCGGCGGAGGGUGAUGGAGGACACGGUGGCGGUCGCGCCCGGGUUCGCCGGAGGAGGAGGGGUGCCGGUGUACGACUUCUUCGGGGUGUACGACGGGCACGGCGGGGCAAGGGUGGCGCAGGCGUGCCGGGAGCGGCUGCACGUGGUGCUGGCGGAGGAGGUGGCGGCCGGGGGGUGGCCGCGGGCGGAGGGGCGGUGGAGGGAGGUGAUGACGGCGAGCUUCUCGAGGGUGGAUGGGGAGGUGGAGGCGGCGGCGCAGGGCGAGGCAGAGAGGACGGUGGGGUCCACGGCGGUGGUGGCCGUGGUGGGUACCAAGCGGAUCGUGGUGGCUAACUGCGGCGACUCGCGGGCGUUGCUCUCCCGCGGCGGCGCGGCCGUUCCCCUCUCCUUGGACCACAAGGCUGAUAGACCAGACGAGAUGGAAAGAGUGGAAGCAGCAGGAGGGAGGGUAAUAAAUUGGGAUGGAUACCGUGUCUUAGGAGUGCUGGCCACCUCCAGAUCCAUCGGUGACUGCUACUUGAAACCAUUUGUGAUCUCAGAACCUGAUGUCACUGUGACGGAGAGGACGGAGAAAGAUGAGUUCCUCAUAUUAGCCAGCGACGGGCUUUGGGACGUCGUCUCCAACGAGGCAGCAUGCAAGAUCGCCAGGCAAUGCCUCAGCGGACGCAUGGCGAGGAUGUUCCCCGACGCCGUCAGCGGGUGCACCGCUGCGGAGGCUGCAGCUCUAUUAGCUGAACUCGCCAUCUCUCGGGGGAGCGAAGACAACAUAAGCGUGGUGGUGGUGGAGCUAAAAAGAUUGCGUGGUAGGACCUCAUGACGCCGGCAGGCACUGAUCCCCUCCUCCUCCUCCUCCUCCUCCUCCUCCAGAGGAGGAGGCAGUAGUCGUGAAGCCCAUUUAUGUAUGUAUAGUGGAGCCAACUCUAAAGAUGUUAAAAGAGCAUUUCCAGGUCAUUCUUAUGUUGGAAUAUAUACAUAUAUAUGUGUAUCCUCUGCAAAAUAUUGCAACACUCAAAAGCUGGUGUAUAAA